AUGGGGCAGAGCUAUUCCUUGUCGACGUCCUGUUGCGCAUCACGGGAACGGUUGAACUCGGACUUCAAGGCUCGCGGCGCGAGCCCUCUGCGGAAACUUUCCCCAACCAAGUCCAGCACCUGCAAAAGCAGAGAUGAGUGGGCGGAUGAUGUCGAAGCUGGGUCGCCUUCGCUGAAUGUGGAGAUGGCCCCAGAGAGUGAAGGCCACAUGGCUCCUGAACCCGCACAGAUGGAGCCAUCUGGAGGAUGUGGAGCCGAGGAGUGCCAGAGGUCCCAACGCAGGCGACUGGUGACCUUUCAAGCUGGUGGUGAGUCGCCUAUGCCGUCCGCAUCAACCACUCCUCGUUUUCCAGAGUCAACGCACCAAGACAGCAUGCACUCGGACGAAGGCCCUCUGCGUCUUCGAGGGAUGUUCGAGAGCAGCCAGGUCAGCCAGGAUCCGGACGGACAGUGUCGAUACCAGACAAAGUCCGAGCCACCUUGCAGGCUCCCUCAUCGCCGUGAUGAGAACAUCAUGGUCUGCAGGCAUGGCUGCUGUCGAGCAUAUCGCCCAGACGGAGUGGCAAAGAUUGACAGGUUGGUGCAAAUCAUUCGCCGGGAACGGCAAACACACAAAAGAGUGCUUGAUUUCCUUGCAGAACACGGCUUCAAAGGUGUGAACGACUCGCGCCGUCCAUCCCUAGGCUGCCCUCGCUGGUUUCCACUACAUGCGGCCGUCAGUCGAUCCGAUGCAGAGAUGGUCAGGAUGCUGCUGCACAUGGGAGCCGACUCCUCCAGGAGGAACGGCAACGGGCUCACAGCGGGCGAGCUGGCCUUGCGUCAGACUAAGACGGGCCACAGGUGCGCUUUCGAUGUGCUUGCAGCGCUGGAAGCUCACGAGUCGCGCAUCGGCCGAGUCCGCGAGGGCAUGUGCUCUGUUGCUGAUCUCGCCGCAGAGCGCUGA